AUGGCCAAAGAAUUAGCGGACCCCCCAGACGACGAAGGCCGUCCCCCACCAAAACCAUCUCAUUACUAUCCUCAGCAACAACCGGCUUAUCAUCAGCCCUAUCAACCGGAGAACACUGUUCCUCUCCCGCCGCAACAGCCUUAUCAGCAGCCUUAUCGACCGGAGAACACUGUUCCUCUCCCCCGCAACCACCUUAUCAACCAAUUGUCGAAGAUACCACUCCAGUCCACCCCCCCCCUACUCCAAUUGUCGAGGAUACUACUUCAGUCCACCCUCCCCCCACUCCAAUUGUCGAGGAUACCACUCCAGUCCACCCUCCCCCCCACCCCAAGCGACGGCCCUCCACAUCAGCCUCAACAACAGCCAAUGCAGUCAAUUCAGCAACAACAGCCUGAGGAUACCACUGCGCUCCCUCCCCCCCCCACCACAAACUGCGGCCCAGAUUACCGAAUCCCACACCUACUACCCUCACCCUACCAAGUCAUUCAGGACUUCGGGACCAAACAAAACCAUGGCCAUAGCAAGGAACUCACUACACUGGCCAAAUUGUACACUAGCGAGGAGAAGUACGGUAGGAAUCCUACCGAGAGUCUCAGCUACAAAUUCACGAUUUUCAUGGACCUCUGCACGAGAGCCGAGAUCCCCCAGCAGAUCCUUCAAACAGCUCAUUUUCUCGCCUCUCCGCUCGGCUACAUUCAUGAUACGGAGGAGCGGAAGGCUACAGGCCAAGGAUAG